AUGGUGGACACCCAACGUACCCCUGAGGCUGGACCUAGCACCACUGGACCUACCGAUGCAUCGUCCGCUGCAGAAGCAAUUCGGCGGAAAGCUGAGGUCCUCGAUCAGAUCGUUCGGAAUGCCCUUUCAGCAAAAACUCCGGAACCAGUUCUUUUGCAACAGCUACAAGACGCUGGAACAACGCCUCAGGAUGCCGCCGAACGCCUCAGCAUGUACACGAGGAUGAGGAGGCAGACUGAUCCAGCUCGGAACCCCCUCACAAUCCAGCUUCGCAGUGAAGAAGACCUCCCAGACUCUCAACAACCUUCCCGGGCUCACUCGCCUGCAGCCUCAGAUGAUCAUCCAGCAGGCGAUAACGGUCGUCAGGAGCCGGUUACGACAGGGAUUUCCUACUUGGACGCCAUUGAUGAAGCGGCGUGGGCUACUCUCAAAGCGAAGAUUGGGUACGCCGCCCUGCCUCCUGCAAGGACUAACAAUCAGGGAGGUGCACCCACCACUGAACCAGACCUGGCCGCCAGGCUAGCUGCGGUGCUCGGUGUUGCCAUCUCCGACUCCCCCUCGACCAUCCCUGCAUCGGUCCUGACCGGUGCCCCGCACCUCACGACCAUUCUUGAGCUUGGGAAACAUGACAAGCACAUAUCCGAGACGUGA